GUUGCAUUGUAUUGCAUGCAUUCAAUGGGAUGAAUUGUAAAUGUAAACAGUUUACAACAACGAUCGUUUACGCUUCACCUCCUCAUGUAGUAUCGCAUGCCUGUCUUUUCGUGUUUCUUUCACCCGUUUAUUAAUAAUAACCUCACCACAAAACCUGACGAACGACCCUCUUCCCACGACCACUUCCACUGCGGCUUAAGCAGAUUCUUACCGAUGAGUUCGGUAUUUAUCUUCCGGGAAAUCCACAAACCACAAGCACCUCCCUAGCUCCUUCCCCACACAUCGGCGAUCGUUUUACCCGUUGACAGAUUGAUUCGCCACAAAAACGCCCCAAAGAGGAUCGAUCGUCCCCCAGCCCAGCUCAUUUUGAAUGGCGUGUGUUGCUUUUUGGAAGUACAGGGGCGGUCUCGUGCAAACGAAUGGAGACGCAUGGUUGCUCAUGAAUGACGGGAGGAUUAAGAGCGUUCAAAAGCGGCGGAAAGCAAAGGAAAGGAGGCAAAAUAAACCGCACAUGACAGAUUGCAAAGCUUCUCGUAACGUCUAGGCGGACAUUGUUGCGUCAGUGAGCGAGUGUGAGCAAAAAUAAGUAAUAAAGAUCGGGGCGCGAGCGCGCGCUCUCGUUCGCCGAAAUGGUUAACAUGAAUGACGGAACAGUGUAGGACGCAGCGGGACAAAACAAAAAAGAAUAAAAACAAGGAAAAAACGCGUUCGUUUGGGAAUUUUCCCACCACACUUCGUGCGUGACGUGCUGGUUGUGUCGCACGCGUCGUAUGGAGUGGCGAAAUGACGACCUUCCGCGCCAAACCAGUAUCUUUCAGCUUCUGUUCCGGUGCCGAUCGCUGGCUGAGCGUGCGAGAAGAACUGUUUUUUGAUUUUCAAAGAAACUGUUUCAAAGGAAACUACCAGUUGAACGGGAAAAAAGUGUGUGCGUUUCAGCAAAGGUGGUUGCAGUUUGUGUGUACCCGUCCGCAAUGUUUAGCUUCUUCAAACGCUCCAAGUCGCAGAAGGGAAAACAAAAACACGAUAAACCGCUGCAGCUAGUGCCAGCGGAGGAGCCAGAGGUGGCAUCGGUAGCAGUGUGCAGCGAAGAGCCGUCACAACCACCACCACCACCACCAUCGUGUGCGAAGGUUGCGUCUGAUGCGUACGCAAGCGCAGCUGCGCGGCAGACGGGCCGCAACGCACCGGACGGCACCACGCUCGGAAGCCGCGCUGGCGACGAGGAAAAGCGGACCAAAAAUAGCUCACCACCGGGCGGCCCAGUGGGGCAGGCGGACGGUGGCGGACUUUUGGCACCCUUGGGCGAACGGUGCGAACGCUCGCCCGAGCAAUUGUUGCCCUCCAAGUGCCGGCCCACCGCGGUGCCGAAGGGAGCGACGGACGACGGUGACGAACGAAACCACCGCGCGAUCGAUGUCAGUUCGAGCGAUCUAACGCGCCAGCACGGUUCGGUCGCGCCCGAGUACGAGUGCGGCAGCGGUCGCGAAGCUUCUGCCAACGGUGGCCCGAUCGAUGACAGUGCCGGGUGCGCACGGGAACCACGUCCGCCGCACGCGAGCCACAGUUCGAGUUCGUACGCGCCGCAGAGCGAAAGUGCAAUGGCGAAAGGGAAAAAUCGACGCCGCUAUCAGCAGCAGCAGAAUCAACAGAAUCAACAGCAACAAAAUCAACAGCACGUGAAACCACAACAACAACAGCAACAGCAGCAGCAACAACAGAACGUGCUAAAGCUAUCCCUCCCGAAGGCCGACUCCAGCGGAGGUCAGGAUGGCUCCACCCAGGGCAGGACGCACCUGUCGAACCUCGCGAAGGCAAUGAGCGGCACGGUACCGAUCAAGGUUAUCGAAGAGUUUGUGGAGAUGCAGCAGGGAAAGGGCACGGCCGAUGCAGAGCCCAACCUUCCGCCCGGUGACGUCACGAAAGCCGAACAGGACGGUUCCACCACGCCCCGAACGAUCGAACGAGCGUUAGCGAAGACACACACCAGCGGCGACGCUAGUGGUGCGGCGCUAGUGUCGCCUAACGCAUGCGCACCACUAGCGCUCGCUGUCACGCACACUACCACCUCCACACCACAGAGCGGUGGUGACAGUAGUACGGAUGGGCAGUUAUUAAAUAUCAAACAUAUUUCGCCUACUACUCCGGCACUGGGUCAUCACGCACACCAGGGCGGCAACGCGGUACAGUCAGCUCACGACACCACUACACCGGCGGCCGAUCGUGCGCUCAGUCCGGCCGAGGCGACGAUCCUCCCGCCAGUCGGCAGUAGUGCACCGGGAGCGAACCUUACCGUAUCGGAGGCGAAUGCCACCGGCAGCGAAGCAGCAAACAGCAGUGCGCGAGCAGCAGAGCAACGAGCACCGACGAGCAUCCAGGAAAUGGGCCAACAGCCAAGCCGGGCCGGCAGCGAGCAACGAGCAACAGCCCCGUCCCAGCGGGCGACCAAGUCAACGACACCGCCAUUGCCACCGCCACGCAGCCAGCGACCGGCGGCAGCGGCACUUCCGGCGCACGAGCUAGAGGCGCCCACCCGCCACACGGUCGUGAUCGUGCAGGAUGCUGCUGCUGGGGACGAUACUAGCGACGAUCGGGACGUCUUCUACGAGGCAAAGGAGACGCUCUCACCCACCAGCGGCACUGACGCCGCGGACGAUGACAGGCACCGUGUUGCCGGGAGCGAGCAUGGUGCGGAACCGGAACCGAUCCGCGCUAGCCUGGUGCUUAAGCUGGCCGAAGUGCCGGAUCAUCAGCGCCAGCCGUCGCCGCAGAAGAAGCAGGUCAGCUUCAAGCUGACGCAGAACGGCAGUGACGAUGUGGAGGUGUCGUCGACCAGCGUCGACAGCAGUGACGUGGACAGUGACAGUGAGGUAGGGCAGGCGACGGGCCAGGACGGUACACUACAAUCUCAUACUGCAUUUAGUGAGCGUGCUAACAAUGGUGUGUUCAGUCGGGAGGAUGCGGGCAAGAAUUACAUUGAGUUUCAAUACGAUCACAGUGCAUCCUCGCCAGCCGAGGGCGUGGAAAAGUGUGACGAGGAAAAGUGUGCAAAGGCUGACGCAGCGGAGCAGCGCAAUAAGAGCGAGCUGAUCGAGGACAGUGUGGCCAGCCUGCCGGAUGUGGUGCAGCCGUCCAACAUUGAGCCGCCGGCAUCCUUCGGCACCGUUGAGAAGAUCAACAGUGACAUGAAGGAUCUGGUGAACCAGGAACAGCGGUACAGCGCCAAGCUAGAGGAGGCCGAAAAGCGCGUGAAGGAAGCGAACGUGAAGGUCUACGAACUGCAGCAGAAGCUCGAUGCGGUCGAGCGGGAUGCGUUGCUUAAGGAAUACAACGUGGAACGUCUACAAGCGGAGCUGGUGGCCGCCCUGAAGGAAUGCGAAGGCAUACGGGCCCGGCUGACGACCCAGCAGUCGGAGAUGGAAACGAUAAGACUGAAGGCCUCCGACCGGGAGGACGAACUUAAUCUCAAGUAUCAAAAUUUGGAAAUCGAACAUCUGGAGCUGACGGAAAAGCUGGCCGAGGUGCGGCAGCUAGCCCACGAGCUGAACAGCCAGCUGAUCGACGCAAAAUCGGAGGUGGACCGGCUGAAGGAGGAACGCCAAAAGCUGCUGGACGAGCGCACCGAGGAGCAGAAGAUUAUGCGCGAAGCGCUCGAAGAGUCGGUGCGCGAACGGGCCCAGGUAGAGGCGAAGUGGAAGCAAAGCUUCGAGCAGCUGCGCGACGUGAACAAUGCGCGCGAGGAAGAUCUGAUGAAGGAUUGCGAGUUCACGAUUCGCAGCAUGCAGAAAACGUGCAAGGAGAAGAUGGAAACGGUCGAGAAGGAGCGGAAGCAGGCGCUCGAGCAGGUGAGCCGGCUGGAGGAGUUGGCCCGCAAGCGCACGGACGAGGUGCGCCACCUGAAGUCGUACGAGGCGGAGGUGGAGCAGCUGCGCGGGCUUACGUACGAUCAGAAGGAAUCGCUGCUCGGGAUGACCCGGCAGGUGGAGAGCUUGAAGGCGGAGCUGGAGACGGCGUACAACAAGCUCGAGGAGGAGAUGGUGAAGGUGCAGCAGAUAAAGAACCGCUGUGAAUAUCAACUGUGUGAAAAGGAACGGGAAGCCCUGAACCGGAUAGAGAUCGCCCGAGGGGAGAUUGCGAUGCAGUGGGAGGAUCGGCUGCUGCACGAGAUGAACCGGCUGAAGGUGGAGCUGGAACAGACGCACAUGGAGGAGCGUACCUCCGCCAUCGAGAAGCUGCGCCGCGAGGCACUGGCCGAAACGGAAGCCAUGAGCCGGCGGUUCAAUGAGCGUGAAAUGCAGCUGAAAAAUGAGAUCGAAUCACUUAAAGCGAAGCUGGAACAGCAAAAGAAGCUGAUGGCCAAUGCACAGACCGACGCUGACCAGAAGCUGCUCCAGUCGCGCAUGUACGUGGAGCGAGCCGAGCGGGAGCACGAGCGCAAGCUGGCCAAGGAAAUGUCCGAGAAGGAUGAAAUCAUCGAAACCCUCAAGCAACAGUUUGAAAAGGAAAAGUUGGAGUUGGAGCAGCACUUUAGCGAACGGAUUCAGCAGGUGCAGGAAGAGUUUGCGCGGGAAAUAUCCGACACGACCGAGCUGAUGAAAACUGCCCACAAAAAGGAGCUAGAAACACAAUGGAAGGCUCUUGUUGCAGAGAAGGAAGAAGCACUGCAUCUGAUGGACAGUCGCAACCGACACCGGCUUGAAGAUGCUGAGAACAAAAUCAGAUUCGAGGAGAUGCGCUUACGCUACGAACGGCGCGAGCCACGCAUGGAAGAUUUGCAGCAGAUCGAAGAGCUGAAGACGGUGAUCGAAUCCCAGGAGCGUGAUUUGCGGCAGCUUACCGAACGAUUGCGAGAGUUGCAGCUGCAGCAACAGCAGCAAGAUCAACAUCCACCCCAAACGCCACGCCGUUCGAAACCAAACCGGGGAAGGCAGCAGAAACAGCAGCAAUCGAAUCAGCAGCAACAGCAAGGUAAUAGACAGCAGCAGCAAGGUAAUAAGCAGCAGCAGCAGCAAAAGAAAGGCCGACAGCAAGCCCCAGCCGAACCGGAACAGUGUGAAGAAGCGCCUUACGAGGAAGCGGAUCACCAGCAGGUGGAUGAGAUCGAGUAUGUGGAGUCUUUGGGCGAUGCACCCCAGGUGGUACUCAUCCCACCUGCUCAGUUCAUACCUCCAAUGGUACACCGAACACCGUGCGAUGUGAUCUACGAAGAGAAUGAAGAGGAGGAGGAAACGGCACAGAUGGCAGAAGAAGAAGACCAGCACCAGCAGCAACAACAGGAGACAGAAGAAGUUGAACCUGAGGUAGAACAAUCGAACGAGAAUAACGAAGAACAGGUGAUAGAAGUGGAGGAACCUGAAGAACCGGUAACAGUAGUGGAUGUUCCCGAGUCAGCAAUCCAAACCGAGGAUCGUGUGAUACACUCGACCACACCGACGAUCAUAGAGGAUGUGGAUGACGCACCGCAGCCAAACAGCAUCAUGCCACUCUCCACCGAGGAAAGAAGCAGCAGCGAACCUCCCAAAUCGAUCAACGUUGUACGAAUCGAAAACGUUACCGAAUCAACAAACCAACGGCCACGUGCAUCCUCUGCGCCGAGAAUCAUCAUUACAGACGACACGGAGAAGUCUGCCGGUGAGAGCACAGACCUCGAGAGCACAAUUGUGGUAGAGAUAGUGGAACAACCCUCUCCGGAACCCGUUGAGCAACCGCCCGUGUUUGCUAAACCGUAUCCAGCGGUCCCAACGGAACUAUCACCGCCACCUACAGAGUGUGUCGGGGAUAGUGCCCAGACAGCGGCUUCCGCUCCGGAACAGAUAGUCGUGCCUCAUCUACCGGAAGGUGUAGCAACACCCGAUGGUCAACCAGUAGAUUAGGCGGAUGGUGUUGGAGUGUUUUGGAUUAUUAUCGUUUCCUUCGAUCGUUUUGACCCCUUUUGUACAGAUUUGCGUCCUCGUACAACUUUAUCUGUAUAGUUCCACAUUUGGAAAUGUAUUAUCUUCUUGACGAUUGAACAUAUCCCGUUGUACUUGUUGUAUGCCAACCGCAGGCAUAAGAAACACUCCAUAUUUAUUUCGUUUUGCUUUAGCAAUUAGUAGUAGCGGAGAUUGAAGUGGAUUUAAAAGAGAGAGAGAAGGAGAGAGAUAGAGCAGUCAUCCUUAUGCUCCCAGUGUUGUUACGUGGAAACGGGGAAGAUAUUGCUAUUGAUAUCUUCACACGUGUUUCGAUGAGCUUAACGCACAGGGAAGCGAUUGUUAGCUAUUGCUGCUAUUGCUCUAUUAUGAUUAUGUUAAUUUUUUUGCCCCUAUUAUCAUUUCCUCCGUCCGGUACUGUACAUAUAGCUAGUUACACUUGCCAGCAAAUUUUAAUGUCCCCUUUGGGAUUUCUAGUAGCGAGAGGGCACCAAGCCGUCAAGGAUCGACGUAAUUUUGAGUAUAAGAUUAAAUAAACGAAAAGUUCAAAUAAAAUA